AACGCUUGUUAAAAACUUUGAGAUUAAAUUGGAAGAAAAAUCGCCAGUACCAAUUCAAGAGGAAGAAAAAGUUCAUCUUGAGCAACUCCCUGGAAUGAUUGAAAAAGAGAGUGUUCCUCAGGAUAUGGAAGAUGAUGACGAGGACAAUGCUGCAGGCAGUGUGACAUGGAAGACUUACUGGUCGUUCUUUACAGCUGGUUCUCCUGCAAUAAUGGUUGUCCUUCUAAUUUAAUUUGUCAAGUGUCUCUAGUGGCUCCUAACUGGUGGCUUUCAAGGAUAGCUACCAUGCCACAACAGCAGCAGAAGAAUCGUGUUGUGCUUGGAGUGUUCAGUAGUCUCAUCGCUGCCGCUAUAAUUUUCUCAGUAACAAGAGCAUUUGCAAACGUCGUGUCGAUCAUUCGAUCUUUACAAAGAAUCCACAAUAAAAUGUUCAAAGCGAUAUUUAGAUCUCCUGUCUUAUUCAUGGACAGAAACCCAGUUGGUAGAAUAAUGAGCCGAUUUUGCAAAGACACUGGAUGUGUCGACGAAAGUUUACCAGAAAAAUUUGCCUGGACRGUUAUGUUGUGCCUCUAUUUUGCUGGCGUUAUGAUCCUUUCUGUUUUGGUCAAUUUUUGGAUGGUUGUCGCUAUAGUGCCAGUAUUAGUUAUAUUUCUUUUUAUUUACUGGUUUAAUUUGAAAACUAGCCGGGAGUUAAAGCGUUUAGAGGCUGUUCGGUGCAGUCCUAUGUAUGCUCAUAUAGCUGAUACAAUCAAUGGGCUAGUGGUGAUUCGGUCUUCCGAGAAGCAGAAAGAUUUCAUGAAACAGUUUAUCAGGUAG